AAGACAUAAAGCCUGUGAGUUAUGACGGGACACGGGAACCUGGAAAACAGACCAAUUGUUGCAUUUUUUUUUCAUGCUCUGUGACAAGCUCUGCACCAUUUUGGGGAGAACUCUCUUCUCUGAGUUUCUCUGAGGCAUGGAAAAUGGGAAAAGGGAGGCGAGCUGCAAAUGCCACAAAGGUAGUGAAUCUCUUUUCACCACCCUGGUGACUCUUCUCUUCCUAGGAAAGGAGACCUUCUUUAAAGCAGUGCUGUCUUCUGUUCCCCCCUUGGCUCAGGGUUCCAGUGUGGAGCCUCCAGUAAUGUCCAUAAUCGCUGGCUUAGUCUGCCAGAGAUAACACUAAAGGUGUUUCUUUCCUUAUUGUUUGGGGUACUGCCAUAAGAAUGAAUUGUAAUGAAUAAUCGACAUGGAUAUAUGCAGUGCUUACCACAUAUCCUAGCAUAUAGUAAGUCAUCAACAAACACAAUUCCCCUCACACGUUUGCUGGACAUCAUCUAAUUCUUCCUCUCCCUUCCUAUGGUUGGAUAAACUGAGGUUCGUAUGCUGUGUCCCAACGCCACUCAUUCCUUCAUUCCACAUUCCAAGUUCAGAUGGCUGAAGUUAAACUUAGUUUUUCCUUCUGGAGAGCUAGUUUCCUUGGGCUUGGAGUGGGCAAGAGAAACACAAUAAUCCCUAAGGAAGAUGCAAAAGGAAACAGACAGUUCCUUAAUCCUUGGCUAGAGAGAUAACAUGGUCUUAGUCUUAGAGAAUGCCUCCUAGUUGGCCGUCAGUUGGUUGGUUGUAUAUUUCGCCUUGAUCCUUUUCUUAGCAGAGCUUUCCAAGGAGGAAUGAAGUUCUUGCUGCCUGCAGACUUUGUGCUGAGCUUCCCAUAUGUUUCCCGGAUCCUGGCCUCUGUCUCUGUCCAUGACUCUCCUUUCUGCAGGUGCUGUCCAUGGAGCGGGGCAACGGGACCCUGGUGACAGAGUUCGUCUUCCUCGGCUUCUCCUCUCUGGCCGGGCUGCAGCGGCUGCUCUUUGUUGCCUUCCUGCCUCUCUACCUAUUCACUCUGGGCACGAAUGCCAUCAUCAUUUCCACCAUCGUGCUAGACAGAGCCCUUCACACCCCCAUGUACUUCUUCCUCGCUGUCCUCUCUUGCUCUGAGACCUGCUACACCUUCGUCAUCGUACCCAAGAUGCUGGUUGACCUCCUGGCCCAGAAGAAGACCAUCUCCUUCCUGGGCUGUGCCAUCCAGAUGUUCAGCUUCCUCUUCCUCGGCUGCUCUCACUCCUUCCUGCUGGCGGCCAUGGGGUAUGACCGCUACGUGGCCAUCUGUAACCCUCUGCGCUACACGGAGUUCAUGGGACACGGGGUGUGUGUGGGACUCGUGGCUGCUGCCUGUGCCUGUGGCUUUACUAUCGCACAGAUUAUCACGUCCAUGGUAUUCCGCCUGCCCUUCCGCGCCUCCAACCAGCUCCGUCACUACUUUUGUGACAUCGCCCCUGUCCUCGCGGUGGCAUCGCACCACUCACGCCUCAGCCAGUUGGUCAUAUUCAUGAUUGGUGUGUUUGUCUUGGUCGUUCCCCUGCUACUUAUCCUGAUCUCCUACAUUCGUAUCAUUUCCGCCAUUCUGAAGAUCCCAUCCUCCACCGGCAGGUACAAGGCUUUCUCCACCUGUGCCUCUCAUCUCAUCGUGGUAACUGUUCAUUAUGGUUGUGCCUCUUUCAUCUACUUAAGGCCCAAGUCCAGCUACUCCUCAAGUCAAGACACCCUCAUAUCUGUGUCCUACACCAUCCUGACUCCGCUGUUCAAUCCAAUGAUUUACAGUCUGAGAAAUCAGGAGUUCAAGUCAGCCCUUCGAAGGGUAAUGGGCCAUACUUCAUAUCCUAUUAACUAA